UCCCUUGUUUUCUUUGCCUGGAGUAGGGUUUCCAAUUUCCAAACCUGAUGUGAUUUCGCAGCUGGAACGAGGGGAAGAGCCGUGGGUCCCGGACCUCCAGGGCUUUGAGAAAGAAGUUCUCCUGAGAGUUGCCUGCACAGGGAGUGAUCUGUGUCUGGAUUCUCUCUGUUUCCCAUCAGGUGAUGGGAUGCUGAGUGAGAAUGAGGAGGAGAAACCCCAGCAGGAAGAUGCUGAACAAGUAGAACCACAUGGAACGUUAUCAGGAAGAUCCAAAGGGAAUGUUUCUGGGAGUUGUGCACUCCCAGAAAAACCCAAAGCCUGUGAGAGUCAGCAGAUGCCAGAGGAAAACUUCAGUAGCUGUUCAGACCUUACUGGAUAUGAGAGAAUCACCUUGGAAGAGACACGCUACACAUGCCAUGAGUGUGGGAACAGCUUCAGUGGGACCUCUGAUCUUCUCACACAUCAGAAAAUCCACAGUGGAGAGAGACCUUUCAUGUGCUCUGAGUGCGGGAAAAGCUUCAAUCGGAGCUCUUCCCUUAUCAGACAUCGCAGAAUCCACACGGGAGAGACGCUCUACGCGUGCUCUGAGUGUGGGAAAAGCUUCCAUCAGAGCUCUGCCCUGAUCACACAUCAGAGAAUUCACACUGGGGAGACGCCCUACACAUGCUCCGAGUGCGGGAAAAGCUUCAAUCAAAGCUCAAACCUUAUCAGACAUCAGCGAAUCCACACGGGAGAAAUGCCCUACACGUGCUCAGAGUGCGGGAAAAGCUUCAAUGACAGCUCAGCCCUGAUCACACAUCAGAGAAUCCACACGGGAGAGAAACCGUAUGGAUGCCCCGAGUGCGGGAAACGCUUCAAUCUGAGCUCAACCCUUAUUAGACAUCAGCGAAUCCACACAGGAGAGACGCCCUACACGUGCUCUGAGUGCGGGAAAAGCUUUAGUCAGCACUCACACCUUAUCAUACAUCGGAGGAUCCACACCGGAGAGAAACCCUACACGUGCUCUGAGUGCGGGAAACGCUUCAGUGAUAGCUCAGCCCUCACCACACAUCAGAGAAUCCACACGGGUGAGAAACCUUAUGGAUGCUCUGAGUGCGGGAAAAGCUUCAAUCAAAGCUCAACCCUUAUUAAACAUCAGAAAAUCCACAUGAGAAAGACCUGUAAUAAGUCCCUUGACUAGGGCUGGCCAAAGAUUUGAUUUUUUUUUUUUUUUUAAAUCACCUUUGCUAUUUCCCAUGUAGUGAUAUUUGCACCAUCUUCACGU